AGUUAAAUGUAAGGGAGUCCGACGUAAGAGUGUGUGAUGAAUCGUCAUGUAAAUACGGAGGCGUGUGCAAGGAAGAGGGCGAUGGCUUGAAAUGUGCGUGUCAGUUCCAGUGUCACACAAACUAUAUUCCUGUUUGUGGAUCAAAUGGAGACACUUACCAAAACGAAUGCUUCCUCAGGAGAGCUGCUUGCAAGCAUCAGAGAGAGAUAACAGUGGUAUCAAGAGGACCUUGUUAUUCUGAUAAUGGCUCUGGGUCAGGAGAAGGAGAGUAUGAAGGAUCUGGGACAGAAGUUCAGAGAAAACACUCAAAAUGUGGAGUUUGCAAAUAUAGGGCUGAGUGUGAUGAAGAUGCAGAAAAUGUUGGGUGUGUAUGUAAUAUAGACUGCAGUGGAUACAGUUUUAAUCCUGUAUGUGCUUCUGAUGGAAGUUCCUAUAACAAUCCGUGCUUUGUUAGAGAAGCAUCAUGUCUGAGGCAAGAGCAGAUCGACAUCCGGCAUCUUGGACACUGCACAGAAACAGAUGACACAAACGCAGUCGGAAAGAAAGAUGAUGGCAUGCAGUAUCGGCCAGAGGUGAAAGACGCCAGUGAUCAAAGAGAAGACAUUUACAUUGGAAACCACAUACCUUGUUCAGAAAGCUUCAACGGCUACUGUAUACACGGCAAAUGUGAAUUCAUUUAUUCCACUCAGAAGGCUUCCUGCCGGUGUGAAUCAGGAUAUACUGGACAGCACUGUGAAAAGACAGACUUUAGUAUUCUUUAUGUUGUCCCAAGUAGACAAAAGCUUACGCAUGUCCUUAUUGCAGCAAUAAUUGGAGCUGUACAGAUUGCCAUUAUAGUUGCAAUUGUCAUGUGCAUAACAAGGUAG